CCAGCCUUCGGUUGGUGUAGUUACCUAUAAAAAGCAGCUGCGUUUGAAUGUCCUGCCACUUGAAGACAUUGUAGAUCCGCAGCAAUGCUACGCAAGGGUAUUACAGAGAGCUUCGGAGCUGCUAUCCAUGCCCUCAACAGCAGCCAGCUGACAGAUGGUGUGAUUAACAGGAGCAAGAGGAUGAUGCUGGACACUCUGGGCGUUGGACUGUUAGGAACCAGGACAUCUGUCUUCAACAAGGCUCUCACGUACAGCCAGUUGUUCAUGUCUGACGAGAGGAGCAGUGUUUGGGGUAAAUCAGAGAUAACGCUUCCUCCUCAUUACGCUGCUUUUGUCAAUGGCAUUGCGGUUCACUCCAUGGACUUCGACGACACUUGGCACCCCGCGACUCAUCCCUCAGGAGCUGUGCUGCCGGCCCUGCUGGCGCUGGCAGAGACGCUGCCCAGCCAGCCGUCUGGGCUCGACCUGCUGCUGGCCUUUAACGUUGGUAUCGAGGUGCAGGGCAGACUCUUGAGGUUCUCCAAAGAGGCCUACAACAUCCCUGAGAGAUUUCACCCUCCUAGUGUUGUCGGGGUGAUGGGCAGCGCUGCAGCCUCAGCUAAGCUCUUGGGUCUGUCCCCUGCACAGUGCAGUCACGCUCUGGCCGUCGCAGCCUCUUCAGCUGGGGCUCCCUUAGCGAACGCUGCCACACAAACCAAACCUCUCCAUAUCGGAAACGCUGCUCGAAGAGGCCUGGAGGCUGCUCAGCUGGCUCAGAUGGGUCUGGAGGGGAAUCCGGCCAUCCUGGAUAUGAACUGUGGGUUCGGGGUUUACUACAAGGACUACAGUCCUUCACAAAUGUCAGUUUCCUCUUCUGGAGACUUUAAAUGGAUUUUGGAAGAUCAGGACGUGGCCUUCAAGCGCAUCCCUGCUCACCUAGGGAUGCACUGGGUUGUGGAUGCGGCGCUGGCAGCCCGAGCAAAGCUUGAAAACACACUCGGGAACUUUGACCUCGGCCAGAUCAGGCGUGUCAAACUACGAGUGCCUCCAUCCAAGUACGUCAACUGCCCCUUACCUGCUACAGAGCACCAAGCGAGGCACUCAUUCCAGUUCAACGCCUGCUCCGCGCUGCUGGAUAACAAAGUGGCAGUUUCUUCCUUCAGUGACGCUCAGAUUAAUCGGCCCGCUCUGAAAAAGCUCCUGUCCAAAGUGGAAGUGGAGACGCCGAAAGAUAACCAGCCCAGCUUUGACAAGAUGUACUGUGAGGUGGAGAUAGAAACACAUCAGGGGCAGAGUUACGGAGCCAGAUGUGAUACCUUUUAUGGCCACUGGAGGAAGCCGCUGAGUCAGGAGGACCUGGUGGAGAAGUUCAGUGUGAACGCUUCUUCAGUGUUGUGCUCAGAGGGAGUGGAGGGCGUGAUCGAUGUGAUCGGAAACAUCGAGAGAGUGAGAGAGUGCUCAGUUUUGGGGUCGUAUCUGAGAAUGACGAGUAGUCAACACCAGCAGAUGUACAGCACAAGGCGUUUGUGAUUAUUCAGUAUGAAGCUGGUGUAGAUAAAACUCACACUCAUCACUUACCAGCCUAAACAUCAUAUAAACUUCCUGCGUCAAACGUUACUUGAAUCAUUUAGGCCAGAAAUAAUAUUAAACCACAUCAUGAAAAAAAUGUGUAGCCUAUGUGUU